CGAGGAAUUAUUGCGAAAUUUGGUAAUGGUUACGUCAAUCUCCGCGAGAUUGUGUGGCUCGACUUGAAAAGCCAUGUUGGCAGGGCUAUAUAAACUGUGCCAAUAGCCCUCCCCCCCUAGUAGAUUGCUCAAUUCAUUUUUUAAAUCAUCUUUUCAAUCUCAAACAAAUACACUAUAUACAAUGACUAACACUCCAGUUCAAUUAAAGGCUAAUACUGCUACUAUCACCUUAAACGACGGUACCAAGAUCCCAUUUGUUGGUUUAGGUACCUGGCAAGCUGCUGACCGUGAUGAAGCUUACAAUGCUACUUUGGCUGCUUUAAAGAACGGUUACAGACACAUUGAUACUGCUGCCAUUUACAAGAACGAAGAAUAUGUUGGUGAAGCUAUCAAGGACUCUGGUAUUCCAAGAGAAGAAAUUUACGUCACCACCAAAUUGUGGAACACUGACCACAAGCGUGCCAAGGAAGCCUUGGAAACCUCUUUAAAGAAAUUGGGUUUAGACUACGUCGACUUGUACUUGAUCCAUUGGCCAGUUUCAACUGAUCCAGCCACUGGUGAAAACUACAAGGACUGGGAUUAUGUAGACACUUACAAGGCUUUGCAAAAGUUGUAUAAGGAAAGCAAUGGUAAGAUCAAGUCCAUUGGUGUUUCCAACUUCAACAAGGAAAGAUUGGAAAGACUUUUAAGUGAUCCUGAAGUCACCAUUGUUCCUGCUGUCAACCAAAUUGAAGCCCACCCAUUCUUACCACAACCUGAAUUGUACGACUACUUGAAGGAAAAGAACAUCAUUAUUGAAGCCUACUCCCCAUUGGGUUCUUCCAACUCUCCAAUUAUCAAGAACCCAGCCAUUGUUUCAAUUGCUGAAAAGAAUGGUGUUGAACCAGCACAAGUGUUGAUUUCUUGGGCUGUCCAAAGAAACACUGUUGUUUUACCUAAAUCUGUCACCGAAGCAAGAAUCAUUUCCAACUUAAAGACUUUCACUUUAAGCGAUGAAGAUUUUGCUACCUUGAACAAGUUGGCUGAAGUUGAAGGUGUCAACAGAAUUUGUAACCCUGGUUGGAAUGUGUUUGCUUAGAUUUGUAUAGUGUAUAAAUUUUUAGAGUAAUUCACAAUGUUUUGGUG